AUGCCACUAGAGCCAAAAGUAAUAUGGGUGAAGAUGCACGAGUCGCGAGAUCGAUUGAUAUUAGAUCGAUUGGUCGAGGAGACGCUUCCAAAAUGGAUUAGACCGAAAAGCAAGCAGCAACAUGAUGUCUUUCUUGAUUCGUAUCGAAACUCUUCUCUUUAUGAGAGUUUAAAGUCGUCAGUGCCGCUCAUUGGAAACGAGUUCUUUAUUUGGAAAGCAUACCCAGGAAAAGCUCAAAUCAAUCGAUCACAUCAAAUUCUGGUGGAUGGUUUGCGAAAAAUCAACAAAACCAUCCCUGAUCUUGUCACAGAGCAAACUGGUGUCUAUGUUGGAAAAGAGAAAAUAGCAUCAAGAUAUGAAAUGAAAACCACUAGCUUCUGGCAUCAGUGCCAACUCGCCGCGUUCCAAUUGGAAGUUAGAACAAAGCAGAAGCUGAGCGAAACAAAUAUUGGUCUGAUUGAUGAGAAUUCGUCGGCUGACAUUUUUAUUUCACCACCCAUCGAUACAAAUCUUUAUGAAAGAGUUGUUCGGGUCACUGAUCCGUUAUUCUGUAUUUGCUCGAAUCCGAUCGAGGAUUGCUAUGAAGAGCUGAUCACAAAAGAUGAUUGGCUUUUCGCUCAGCCGAGUCGAGAUUUUCAUUGGACUGUUUUUGGG